AUGAAAUUAUUUUCUCCUAUUAAGGAAUUUGUGGUGGAGGCCCAUAAGGAAAAGAAGAGUGGGCCACGAGCUAGGCCUAGAAAUUUACCGAAAGGGCCAACACAAAUUGAACAAAGAAUUAGUAAGGCUCAUGGGGUUAAGAAGACAAUUGGAAAAAGCCCGUUCAGAGGUAGUCUUAUACAUAAACACUCGUUUUUAGCUAAGGAGGAUCCCACUAAGGGAGACUCAGCUUUGAAUGGUGUUGCAGAUCCGGUGGUUAAAGGAAAACCACCAGCAGCUGCUUAA